AUGGCUCCCGAGGAGCUCGCUGGCUCGGCCGACUACGAUUACCCACCGGUGACCAGUGUGACGGGGAACUGGGAGGUCUCCUCUGGAUGGGAGGUCUUCUUCACCUCUGUCUUCAUCCCCAUCCUCUACUCCUUCAUAUUCCUCCUCGGCCUUGUGGGGAACCUCUUCGUCAUCGUGCUGAUGGCCAAGAAGAGCGGGGGCAAAAGGAUGGUGGACACCUUCGUGCUGAACCUGGCGGUGGCUGAUGUCAUCUUCGUCUGCACCUUGCCCUUCUGGGUGGCAGCGGGGGUGCGGGGGAACCGGUGGCCGCUGGGCGAAGGGCUCUGCAAGGUGAGCAGCUAUGUCAUCGCUGUCAACCGCUGCUCCAGCAUCCUCUUCCUCACCGCCCUCAGCGUGGAGCGCUACCUGGUCAUCAGGAAGGUGCUGGACACCAAGAUGAUGGGUUCCCAGAGGCACAUCCACAUCACCUGCGGCAUCAUCUGGGCAGCGUCCCUCCUCCUGGGCACCCCGUCCCUGGUGUACCGGCAGCUGGACGGGGACGACUGCUGGGAUGAAGAUGGAGAGGACUUCAGCCUCGCCAUGGUCUUCCUCACCUUCCUCCUGCCCUUGGGGGUCAUCUCCUUCUGCUACUGCUCCAUCUACUGCCAGCUCCAGCGCCACGUCCGGCUGGGCAAGGGUGUCCGGCGCUCCCACCGUGCCAUCAUCACCAUCGUCGCAGCCUUCCUCUGCUCCUGGUUGCCCCUCAACGCCUGCAAGGUGCUGCUCUUCUUCCUCGCCAAGGGGACGCUGGUCCUGUCCCAGCGGCAAGAGGUGGCCCUGAGGUGGGUGGUGGCCGUCAGCACCUGCCUGGCCUUCAUCAACAGCUGCAUCAACCCCCUUAUCUACGCCCUGAUGGACAGACGCUGCCGUCCCCGAUGUCCCUUUGGUCCCCAUGCACCAGGGACAGGUCCCGGCACGGCCGCCCCCUCCUCCACCACCGACUCCAGCCUCCUCUUCGGUGGCUGGGAGCUGACGGGGACGUUGCCCUGCGAGUACCCCCUGAAAGCUGGCGAGAAGCCCCCCAAAGUCCGGCGCAGGAUCGGUGCCGCCUUCAAGCUGGAUGAGACCCUCGUCCUGCGCGGGGCGGACCCGCUGAGCGCCCUGGAGCGGGACCUGGCGCUGCAGCUGCAGAUCGCCAAGGCCGCCCGGCGCCUCUGCCGGGAGGAGAACAUCACGAAAGCACCCCAAUACGCGCUCCUCGGCAGAUGCACCCUGAUAGUGAUCCCCCGAAUGUGCCCCGAUACUUCAUCCCCGGUGGUUGCACCCAUGCGAAUGCACCCCAAAACUUCAUCCCCAGUGCAUGCACCCCUCUACACCAUCCCCUGCU